GUGUGCCUGCGCGCGCGUUUGUGUACAAUGUAAAGCAGCGUCAACGUCAAAAAGAUCGUCAUUGAAUAACAUGACGAUGCAAAAAUCUAAGUAGUGAAGCGCACAUUGAGAAGAGAUUAUCAGUGAAUGGUAAGACUGGCGUCCUGCAUAUUGAAGGCCAAUAAGAAGUGAUGGGAGGCUGACCCCGACGCGGAAGAAGCAGGAAGUCAUCUUGUUACCUGCUCAAACUUGACAGCCGACAGUGACACAGUCACCAUGGUGCAAGGGGAAGUAUGGCACGACAGACUUCUCAUGGAAACUUUAGCCCAUCCGGACCAGAACGGACUGAAAUGCAAAGAGGCGCACAACUAUGACAGUACCACACAGAACGGCCUGGAGCCGAUUAUCACCUCAAGGCAGCACAGGCUGGAUUCCUUGAAACAUACACCCGUGCUCGUGGCUGUCCUGUCAUAUCUUCGCUCAUGUAUUGUCAUCCUGUUUGGCUACCUGAGAGACCUCCUCAGAACAGGGAAGCACAAAUACACCCAGGAGAAAAAACAACAGACGAAACAUGUCCGGGGACUGGGAGAUACUUUGGGGCAACACAGACAGGAAGUCUUUGAAAAGGCGCCCAUGCACGUGGCUGUCAUGACAUACCUGGGUUUUGGCAUCGUCACUCUCUUUGGCUACUUCAGAGACUUCCUCAGAGCCGUGGGCUUAGAGAAGCGCAAUCUCGCCCAGGAACGAGAGGAACAGAAGGAUUUUGUUCCACUCUACCAAGACUUUGAGAACUUUUACACUCGAAACCUGUACAUGAGAGUACGAGACAACUGGAACCGACCCAUAUGUAGCACGCCAGGACCUGUGUUGGACCUGAUGGAGAGAGUGUCUGAUGACUACAAUUGGACAUUCAGAUUAACUGGCAGAACAAUACACAAUGUCAUCAACAUGGGCUCUUACAACUACCUCGGAUUUGCAGAGAACAACGCCGAUUACCUUGAAACGGUGGCAGACAAAACCCGCCAGUAUGGGGUUGGCGUGUGCAGCACACGUCAGGAAGCAGGCACCCUGGACAUUCACGUCGAGCUGGAGCAGCUUGUGGCUCGUUUUCUUGGAGUGGAGUCCUCCAUGGUGUUGGGGAUGGGUUUUGCCACCAACUCCAUGAACAUUCCCGCACUUGUUGGCAAGGGUUGUUUAAUCCUGAGCGAUGAGCUCAACCACACCUCCCUCAUCUUAGGGGCAAGAUUGUCUGGCGCAACCAUCAAGGUGUUCAAACAUAACAAUAUGGACCAUUUAGAGCAGCAGUUAAGAGAGUCAAUCUCCUCAGGACAGCCUCGUACUCACAGAUCUUGGAGGAAAAUCCUGAUUAUGGUGGAAGGCAUCUAUAGCAUGGAAGGCUCGGUGGUCCGACUGCCUGAGCUGAUCGCUUUGAAGAAGAAAUAUAAAGUGUGUCUGUACCUGGAUGAGGCCCACAGCAUUGGAGCCGUGGGGGCAACAGGGAGGGGAGUGACAGAGCUGUUUGGUGCAAACCCAAACGAUGUGGAUGUGAUGAUGGGCACCUUCACCAAGAGCUUUGGGGCUGCUGGAGGCUAUAUUGCAGGCAAAAAGGAGCUGGUAGACUACCUGCGUAGUCGGUCCCACAGUGCCAUGUACACCGCGGCCAUGUCGCCUCCUGUCGCUGAGCAGAUCAUACGUGCUAUAAAGUGCAUCACGGGGCAAGAUGGAAACAGAGAGGGUAUCAGACGAAUCCGCCAGCUUAGGCAGAACACUCGAUACUUCCGUGCCAGAGUGAAGGAGAUGGGCUUCAUCAUCUACGGCAACGACGACUCUCCCGUGGUCCCCAUCCUGCUCUACAUGCCGGGCAAAGUGGUAGCUUUUGCUCGAGAGAUGCUUGAGAGGAAAGUUGCAGUGGUCGUGGUUGGAUUCCCCGCCACACCGAUUACAGAAGCCCGAGCUCGAUUUUGCAUGUCUGCAGCCCACACCAGAGACAUGCUGGAUGAGGUGCUGCACCACCUGAACCAGGUGGGAGACGCUCUAGGUCUGAAAUUCUCACGACGGAUACAAUCCCCCCAGUCUGACCUCUGUGAUGGGACGGACUUGGAGACGGAUAGCUAACAUGACACUUGACCUCUUUGCUGCACUGUGUCAAAACAAAGUCUACAUAAAACCAUAAUGCACAAGUGUUUAAACCACAAAAGCGCACAGAUUUAAUUGAGAAAAGAUGCCAAAUACUUGAUGGUGGUGUACACAUAUCUCCUGUGUAUGUUUCUUAUUUAAAGAAAUGAAAUUGUACAUUCACUGAAAGAAGACUAGAUAAAGUCACACUUGCACACACUCAUUAGAGACUAUGUAAGAGCUUUAAUAACGAGGCAGGUGCGAGACAGGAUACACCUGAAGUGGUCACCAGCCAAUCACAGGACAUAUAGAGACAAACGAUGUGCACCCUUGAGAAAUUGUCAGAGGUACUUAAGUUUGCAGUUUCUGUCAGAACUACAAUUUGGACUUUGGGUUUAUUGUUGUGCUUUAUUGUUAUGCCGGCGUACCGAAUGCCGUGCCUGGGUGAUGGACUGAAUUAUUUAAAAGAUGCAAUAUUCAAUGAAAGCAUAUCAUAUAUGAUAAAAGAGGAUUAAAAUGUUAAAAAGUGGGUGUUACAAAUGUAGUUGUGAAAUAUCGGGCGCCAACUUCACGCCCAUAAGACACCACAGUUAUAUGCAGUCAGAUUCAAGGAAUAGCGAACGUGUUUCACGAGGCAGGGUUUCGACUUGCAGGGUGUUCCAAAUGCAAGGCGGCCAAAUGUUUGUUUUUUUUAAUAUGAAAACAAAAUAUUUUUACUCACUCUUUUAUACCAGCCAAACUUUGUUAGUCCCGUUUGUCAACAUGAAUUAAAUAAUUUAAGUUCCGGAUGAAGAUAAUUGCAUUGUGUUCAGUUCUCUUUUAUAUUAAAGAAUUUGGCCUCAUG